AUGUGUGAUGCUAUAAAUGAAAAAGAUGAGAGAUAUAAGUAUGCUUCUGAAUUGAUGGAUAAAGAUGGAUGUAAACAAGUGAAUUUAGAGUUGACUUAAUGUCUUAAAUAAUACAAAAAAGAUUGGAGAAUGUGUAAAGUAAAAUUAUUAUUAAAUGUUAGGAUUAAACUACAAAUCUAUAGAAAUGUCUUAAUGAAUAAAAACACUAGAAGCCAAAAUGA